AUGGGGGGGGGGGGGGGGGGGGGGGGGGAAGGGAAAUCCUGGUAUUUUGCGUCAUCCUAUUGGUUAAGCCACUGCAGUGAAGCUGGUCUCGGAUCCAUUAGUCUGUUCUGUCUGCUCGGCGCUCUCCGGGAGGCUUUUCUCCAUGUCUCAUCCACAGAUCGCGAGGGGAGGAGCCAUUGGUUGAUGCUUCACUGCAAAGAGAAGACACCGCAGCGAGACAGUGCCACCGCUAACAACCCAUGCUCGUUGGUCUCUUCUCCUCUGCUGCUGCCACUGCUCCAGUUCUCAGUCAUGAAGAGGCCCAAACAGCAGACCGGGCCCUUAAGUUUCUUAAACUUCUUCAGCCGAAAACCCAAAGCUGAGCCGAAUCUUGAGAAGAAUGUGGAGGUUCGGACCAAAGAAGAAGUGGCCAUCACUCUGACUCCGAGCGAGCAUCCAGAGCAGGAAAUCAAAACAGAAGAAGUGGGAGAAACAGGGGUUUCUGUGGCAGAAAAUGUUGAAGAAUCUGGGAUGACAGUGACUGAGGCAGGUGAAAGUGCCGUUGCCACAGCGACCACAGAAGUGGGCGGAGUCUGUGCUGGCUCCACAGGCGUGCUGUCCUUCUGCUCGUCCAGUCAGGAGCAGCUGCUGGAGGAGCACCUGGAGGAGUGCCCUCUGUGUUUGCUGAGCCAGCCACGCUGCCACUUCCCACACCUGUCGUCCUGCUCACACCGCGCCUGUGCAGACUGUCUGCGCCGAUACCUGCGCAUUGAGAUCUCAGAGAGUCGUGUGGGCAUCGCGUGUCCUCAGUGUCCCGAGAGUCUGGAGCCUCAGGACAUACGGGCCAUCCUGGAUGACCAGGCUCUUCUGGACCGUUAUGAGGAGUACCAGCUCAGGAGGUUCCUGGCGUCAGACCCAGACACGCGCUGGUGCCCUGCGCCUGACUGCAGCUAUGCAGUGAUUGCGUAUGGAUGUGCAGAGUGCCCGAAGCUGAGCUGUGGGCGUGAAGGCUGUGAGACAGAGUUUUGUUACCACUGUCGGCAGCUGUGGCAUCCGUACCAGACGUGUGACCAGGCUCGAAGGCAGCGCGCUCGCCACACAUCAGGGGGCAAUGACGCCUCUGCACUGUAUGUCUUCAAUGAAGAACCUGGAGAUGCCGAGGAGAUUAAAGCAUGCCCACGCUGUGGUGCCUACAUUAUGAAGACCAAUGAUGGCAGCUGUAACCGAAUGAACUGCACAGUGUGCGCCUGUCAGUUCUGCUGGCUCUGUAUGCAGGAGAUCACCGACGUGCACUACCUCAGUCCCUCAGGAUGUACAUUUUGGGGGAAGAAGCCAUGGUCACAGACCCGCAAAGUGUUGUGGCAGGUCGGCAUGUUGCUCGGAGCACCAGUGGUCAUCUCCCUUAUUGCUGGACUUGCUAUUCCAGUCAUCAUAGUAGGGAUACCCAUCUAUAUGGGCCGCAAGGUCCAUGGUCGCUGUAAGAAAAACAAUAUCUCAGGAAGUAAGCACUAUUUGACUGUGGCCAGUGGAGUGAUGAUGUCCAUGUUUGUGUCUCCUGUUAUAGCAGCCGUCACUGUGGGUGUAGGAGUUCCGCUGAUGCUGACUUAUGUCUAUGGAGUGGUUCCUAUGUCGCUGUGCAGAAAUGGCUGGUGUCGAUCUCAGAGUGACUCUCCAGAACCUCACAAUAUUCAACUCGAGGAUCUUGCCAGCUAUCUCCUCUUCUCUCAUGUUGUGAGUGACCAUUGGACAGGCCAAAGCAACACAGCGCUUAACGACACCAGCCUCCAGGAAGUGCGGGUCAGUGUUCAGGAAGUGGGUGUGUUGCCGAGUACAAGCAGCACUCCUCAACAGAUGAAUGCGUAUGAGGGUUUAGAUGAAGCCACCAAACGCCAUGGAUACCACCACCAGGACAGCCAAUCAGAAUGUGUGGUGGUUAAUGUGCCUGAUAAUAAGCUCACUGACCAAGAAGAUGUCCCUCUGAGGGAUGGGACGAACAUUGAAGUUCGUGUUGAGAUUGAGACUCAGCCCAGAGGAGCGCGCCAGUCCAGCCUAAGUAGCAUCCUUUCUGUUGAGUCUUCGGGACGCACCCAGUCUCAGUCCCAGGACCACAUGUGUGCCUCAGAAGUGGAAGAAAGCCAAAAGACAGAAGACACCAGGCCUGAGGGGAGCGAUGCUGAGUGCAGCCUGCUCAGCUCCAGUCUCCUGCAGGACUGCAGCUCGCACCACGCUAUAGUGUUUGAGUUUGGUGCAUCCUUCACGGACUCGGGCUCCAGACUGUAG